GGAAGGAAGUAAGACAUAUCAUCGCGCGAAUUGAAUUGUGAGGAAGCGGUGCAAGUUUUUCUAGUCAUUCUGGAGGAAAGCUAAGUGAAAAUACACCGAAAAGCAAAAAAAAUCAAGCUACAUUUUCAACGCAAGACCGGACGCUGCGCCAGAGCUGUCAAAACAGUGAGACAUGGAUGCGGAUUUGGAAGACGGGGAGCUGUCCGGGUCCGAUUUGGAGAUGACGCCCGGGUCCGCCGCGCUCGCAUCGGCCCACGCGGCUCCUCCGGCGGCGUUCCAGAGUAGACCUGCGUUCCAGAGUAGUGCGGCGUUCCAGAGUAGACCGGCCGCCUCGCACGCAACUCCCGCCGGCUACCGCAGCUGCCCGGGCCCCGCCGACUCCAGCGACAGCGACCAGGACUCCUCCGACGACGAGGCGGGGGCGUGGCGCAGGAAGAGGCAGAAAGUCACUAACAACGCGCCACCGGCUCGCAUGCCCGCGCCCGCGUUCAACCCUGCGGGGCGCAAAGUGAACAACAUCUGGGGCUCCGUGGUUCAGGAGCAGUGCCAGGACGCCGUGGCCGCAGAACUGGGCAUAUUCGGCGUGGACGCCGAGCUGGACACGUCGAGCAGAAACGUGGAGACAUACAACUAUGUCCUGGCGCGGAAAAUGAUGGAGAAGGAGCGGGAGAUGGAGAGGCAGAGCAAAGGGGAUGGAGAAGUGAACAUGCUGGACGCGCAGUUGGACGAGUACAUGAAGGAGAGAGGAGAGGGGGACGCGAAGAGGAAGCGGCCAGUGAAGGAGAGACUGGGCCCCAAAGCGGAGAUGGAUAUAAAGGGGAGGUACGAGAUAACCGAAGAUGACCCUCCGGAGAAAGUAGCAGAGGAAAUCGCGCACAGGUUACGAGAACCAAAGGUAGAUCUGAUCGAAAGAGUUGUAGCUGUUAUCGGAACCGGGAAAGCUUUAGAACUUCUGGGAGAGACGGCGACGCUGGAAGAAACGGGCGGCGUGUACACCCUGGAUGGGAGCAGACGACGCACACCCGGGGGAGUGUACCUGAAUCUGCUGAAAAACACCCCGAGCAUCAGCAAAUCGCAGCUCAAGAAGAUCUUUCUGGAGGAGAACAGGCAGGAGGUGAGGAGCAAGAAAGCCGCGCAGAAGAGGAGGCGGCAUCUGGUGGCGAAGAAGAUGAAGCAGGCCAUAGGGACGCUGAAUCUGCAAGAGCACGACGACGUGUCCAGGGAGACUUUUGCGAGCGACACGAACGAAGCGCUGGAGGCUUUGGAAGAAGGACCGGAAGAAGAGGAGGGGGAGGACGGGGAGGAGAGAGAGGCGGAAACCCCGGAGCCCAAACCGGCGGGGACGGAGGAGAACCCGGUGGUGUACAGCGCUGCCGAUCUGGAAGUGUUUUGAUGGACUUUAGAUACUUUAGAUAAAAACCUGUUAAAUCAUAAUCAAAAUAGGGAUGUCACCAAAUGUUGUGUUUAGUUUAUUGUUGCAUAGAAACACUGCAAACAUUUUGAUUGUGAUUAUAAUAUUGACAUCAUAAAAUGCAACUUGUAAAAUCAUUUAUUUACUUCCAUUCCCUCUAGUGCUGUCACAAUAUUUUGAUUUCAAUACAAAAAAAUUAUAUAUAUACUGAUAUUCGAUACUGAUUAUUACAUUACAAUUGGUCCUUUUUUGGAGAUAUGUCAUUUUCAUAACAAAAUAUUAAUAGUACUUUAUUUUAGCGUGAGGUCUUAACAUUUGUUCUAAUAACGCUCAAAAUGACACUAAAACUGUUCAGGAAAGCUCAAA